UCUGGCAACCCCGAUGACGACGUACACCACGUCAACUACAACUGACUGCAACUGCUCAAAAUCCACACACUUCUCCCUUUCUUUGCACAGACUUGAUUCUUUAACAACUGAAAACCAUGUAAUCGUUCACAGAUAACGCGGUGAGUGUGAAUGCACUACCAGCACGACCACGCGAGGUCUAGUUUAAACGUUAACGGCUCUUUUUUUGGGGUCUGAAUGUCGCGCGUUAGUAGCUCGCGCACGCUAGCCUAGCAUCCCUGAUUCAGCCUCGGAUAAUUUAUUUAACGUAACGUUUAACAUUUAAGCCAACUAUCACAACUCUAGGAUAAUGUUCUUAAGUCAAUCAUGACCUCAUUGUCGUCAUCAUCAUCUCAGUUAACGGGGUCAAGCUCUUCAUGCAGGACUCUUCCAGGGGAAGGGACUCAGAACGCUGCAGUGGCCCAGUACUGUGCUGUGACCUGGUGGUUGAGGAUCUCUGGUCCACCCUAAACCUCCGCUACUGCAGAUCCUGAGAGUAGCAGGUGCUCAGGAGGAGGUGUUUACCCUAAAAGAGGUCAUGCACUACCUGGGUCAGUACAUCAUGAUGAAGCAGCUCUAUGACAAACAGAGACAGCACAUCGUCCACUGUCAAGAUGACCCACUCGGAGAGCUACUGGAAGUGGGAAGCUUUUCCGUUAAGAACCCCAGUCCUGUAUAUGAGAUGUUGAAGAAGAAUUUAUUUAUUUUGAACAAUUCGGAUGCAGUAAAGAAUCUUUCAGUCGGCAAGGAUUCUAAUGAGUCUCCAAGUGAAGAUCCUGGUCAGGUUUCCAGUGGUUCGGUUAGCUCUGGACAAGUUCUCAUUGUUGGUAGUUCCACCACUGGUGCCAUGCAGAGCUGCUCACAACGCAGGCCACGUGAUUCUGAUGAAGACUCCUCAGAUGGCUUGCCUAGGUCUGCUUGCAAACGGCCAAAGCUGGAUGUUACUCUGGAAGAGUGGGACCUUUCUGGUUUGCCCUGGUGGUUUCUGGGUAACCUACGAAGUAAUUACAAUCGCCCGAGCAUUGGUUCAACUGAUAUUCACACCAAUCAACUCUCUCCUGGACAGGACGAGGAUACGGCCAUCGUUUCUGACACCACAGAUGAUAUUUGGUUCCUGAAUGAAGCAGAGAGUGAGCAAGUGAGUGUGGAGAUGAAGGAGGCAGUGCUGGAGCAGGGAAGUGACGCGGAAUCUCCACAUGAAGAAGAGGAGACUGGGAAAGAUAAUAAAGAUGAAAGGAAGAUGCAAGACGAUCAGGAUGAUGACUCCCAGUGUUUAAGUGAUGACACUGAUACUGAGAUCUCCACACAGGAUGCGUGGCAGUGUUCAGAGUGCCGCAAAUUUAACACCCCUCUUCAACGGUACUGUAUGCGCUGUUGGGCUCUGCGGAAAGACUGGUACAAGGAUUGUCCUCGUCUUGUACACUCCAUCUCCGUGCCAGACAUCCCCAUCUGCAGUUCACGUCCUGAGAGGGAUGAAGACGAGGAGGAGGAUGAUGGAAUCGACAUGCCUGACUGCCUUAGGACUGUGUCUGAUCCAGUCGUCCUCCCCUCGCACCACGUCUCUAGAAACAUCCCCCAAUCAUCCGCUUCUUCGUCUAAAGGAAAGGGUCCUUUUCAGCUUCACCACCACUUACAGGAGAGCUCAGAGGGAGACAGCCAGGACACGCUGGACAUGGAGACGGAAUGCCAACCGGAGGCCAUAUUGGAACCCUGCAAGCUGUGCAGAGUGCGGCCCCGAAACGGAAACAUCAUCCACGGCCGCACAGCUCACUUGAUCACCUGUUUCCCCUGUGCCCGCAAGCUGCACAAAUUUCAUGCUCCUUGCCCAGGCUGUGGCCAGGUUAUACAGAAAGUCAUUAAAACCUUCAUAGCAUGACCAAAGCAUCUUAAAGGCAUGAAUUAUAAAUGCACACUCAUAUACUAGUUUUUAAAAUUGUUUAUUUGUACAUAUACAGAAGGCGGCAGAGAAAUUGACAAACCAUUUCUGGGCUAAAAUGAAAGCACAGUGUUAUCAGUGUAGUAGUACAGUGUAUCUAUGAUUUAUAUUGUAUUACAAAUCAAGUGUAUAUAUAAUGUACAGAAUGUAAUUUAAAGAAUGUGGGCAUGUAUUGAUGGUUCGCAAUUAUUUAUGCAUUACAAAUUUCUUUACAUCUGCUUUCUGUCAUGUGAAGGAGAGGGUUAGCCACCAUGAUUUGCUACUGAGAGUGGAAAGGUAAAAAUCAUGGGUCUAAAAUAAUAAUAGACCCAGAAGAAUCGCAUGGCUUCAGUAUUUGUGCCUGCAUAAACAAUUAAAAUCCUAAACUUUACUACUUUAAACACACCAGACAUUUUGCUAUAAGUGCAUUUAAAAGUCCUUUCAGAGUACUUGAACGUUGGUUUUACUUUAAGAAGAAUAGACUUUAUAUUAGAAGAACUUUUCUUUUUCCCACUUGCGUAUUUCAGGCAUUCAGUCCAGUGUGAUGUUCAGUACACCUGGUGAAGGGUUGUUCUUUGGACAGGUGCUUUAAGUGAAUUACACAGGGUUAUUUAUUUAUUUAUAAACUUUAGUUUUGGUAGAUGACAUCUAAUGGGAUGACCAGUCACAGAGAAAACUAAUUGUAUUACAGAUGGCAAUAUUUUUUUUUUGUGGAAGUGUUUUGAAAGCAAAGUGUGUCGUAACUUUUUUUUUUUUUCUUUCUUUUUUCUCUCAAAAUAAUAUAUUGAUGGCAGUCAAGUCGAAUUUAUCAGAGCACUUCUGUUAUAUGGGAUUUUAGGGGUUUUGUCCUCUGCCUUAGCACGGUGUUGUUUCCUGUUACAAAGCGGAUUCAGUCUGUUGUGCAUCGUUUAAGUGCACCGAGGGCUCUUUGAAAAGGAAAUCUGUUGUCGUCAGCCAUUAGAGGGUAAAGAGCUUUCACACGCAUUAAACCCAUAGGGCUAGAUUUGCUUAUUUAUAAUGAAUGAUGUGUUAUGAGGAUGUCAAUCUAAAUGUAUCUUAAUUUUUUUUUUUGUUUUUUUUUUAUGUGUGGUGCAAACACUGCUAUUUCACUGCCAUUAUGCCUCAUAGUAUGGAAUCAAAAACAAAUUAAUCCUAAAACAAUGCAAUUAUAUAAUGAAGUUUAUUUGUUUGUUUAGUGUGUUUUAGUCCAACCUUGUUUCUGCUCAGAUUUAAUCUGAACAGUAUUUUUUUUUUAAACCAUAAAAUAAAUAAUCAAUGGAAAUAAA